GUCACCAGGCAUCAGGUUAUUUGGCUCGCCAGCGGGCACCGCGUCAUCUGGCAAGGCAGUGGGCACCGAGUCACCAGGCACGACAGUGGGCUCCGAGUCAACUGGUAUUGGAUCGUCUGGCCCGACAGCGGGCAUCGGGUCACCAGGCAUGACAGCGGGCACUGGGUCAUCAGGUAUUGGAUCGUCUGGCUCGACAGCGGGCAUCAGGUCACCUGGCUCGACAGCGGGCACCGGGUCAUCAGGUACCAGAUCGUCUGGCUCGACAGCGGGCAUCGGGUCACCAGGCAUGACAGCAGGCACUGGGUCAUCAGGUACCGGAUCGUCUGGAUCGACAGCGGGCAUCAAGUCAACUGGCCUAAUAGGAUUAUUAGGCUGGAUCAGUUCAUCAGGCUGGGUAGAAACAUCAUGCUGGGUAGAGACAUCAGGCUGAAUGGAGGCAUCAGGCUGAAUGGAGGCAUCAGGCCGGGUAGAGGCAUCAGGCUGGGUAGAGGCAUCAGGCUGAAUUGUGGGCGCCGCUGCACCACGGAAGGCAGGUUCUCAGAUGGGAGGCUGACCGAUUUGGAUACUGGCAGGAUGGUAUUGGUUGGAAAG